CAAUAUCUGGCAACCAGGGUUACAGUCACUUCACCAGGAAGUUUAUUCACACGAGACGUAACUGCCACCGAUGGACGAUACGAAUGCAAGAUGGAUGCUGCAAACCGCACUGACUUCUACAUUGGGUUGGCGCUUGCUGUAAGUUCCACUAUCUUCAUCGGUGGCAGUUUUAUAUUGAAAAAGAAAGGGCUCUUACGACUGGCAAAAACAGGCUCUACUAGAGCAGGUCAAGGUGGAUAUGCAUACCUGAAAGAAUGGCUGUGGUGGGCAGGGCUUAUAUUAAUGGGAAUAGGUGAGGCAGCGAAUUUUGCAGCUUACGCAUUUGCACCUGCUACGUUAGUAACACCCCUGGGAGCAUUGAGCGUCUUGGUCAGUGCUGUGCUCUCAUCAUACUUCCUGAGUGAGCGGCUGAAUAUCCAUGGGAAAAUUGGCUGUUUGCUUUGCAUCUUCGGUUCCACAGUAAUGGUGCUCCAUGCUCCACAAGAGGAAGAGGUUGCUUCUUUGACAGCGAUGGCAGAGAAACUCAAAGAUCCAGGAUUCAUCGCUUUUGCUGUCUGCAUUGUCGUGAGUAGCCUGGCCCUGAUCUUGUUUGUCGCACCUCGCUAUGGUCAGAAAAAUGUGCUGGUGUACAUCCUCAUCUGCUCUGUGAUUGGUUCAUUAUCUGUGUCCUGUGUGAAAGGCCUUGGCAUUGGGAUCAAAGAGCUGUUCGCUGGUACAGCUGUUCUGAAAGAGCCACUGUUUUGGGCUCUGCUCAUAUGUCUUGUGAUCUGCAUCAGUAUCCAGAUAAGCUACCUUAAUAAAGCCCUCGACAUUUUCAACACCUCUAUAGUUACACCUAUUUAUUAUGUCUUCUUUACUGUAUCCGUCAUGGCUUGUUCGGCCAUCUUGUUUAAGGAGUGGCUUCGAAUGUCCACCGAUGGGGCUGCUGGGACUGUUAGUGGCUUUCUUACCAUCAUUAUUGGCAUUUUUCUUCUUCAUGCGUUCAAGGACAUUAACUUUAACUUGGAUUCUCUACCUUUAUAUCUGCACCGUGGACCUCAAGGCAACGCGUGGAGCCAACCUUACGUGGCUUUGCCAACCGACGUGACGAUUACUGUGGACGAAAGCAAUCUGACUAAGGAAAGAAGCGCAAAGGGCUUUUCCCCAGAGAGUUUAGACAAGAGGAGCAACGGUACAUUUUUUUUCUAGAAUAAUAUUAGCAAAAAUACUGAUUUACUACAUGCUACUGUACAAGCAUACUUUGCAAACCAUACAUACUGUGAGAGUACCUAAUUUGUAUUUUGUGUGUGCGUGUGUUUUAGUAUACAAGAUACUACUUACAUAUUUUCCAACAAUAAUAUUUAGUUUUAGUUUCACGCUGUUGAUAUUUUCAGAGUAACGAUGAUGUGCCCAGUCACUUGUUUUAAAUACAAAAUCCUGAAGUAGCAGCAUAAUGUUUAAAAAUCUGCUCUACAAUCUUGUUAAAUGUUACAUUAUUUAUUCUAUGACCAAACCAGCAUUGUUUAGGAUAUGCGUAUGAUUACAUUCAUAUCAAGCACUUUAAAUUUAUCAGCUUAAUAUUCAAGGCCUCAUCUGUUCCAUAAAUACACAAUAUUAU